UUGGUUCUCCUGCCUCACAUGGGAUGCUGCUCACCUGCCAGAGCUUUUGGAUGCUAUUCCUUUAAGGCACAACAGGUGGAAAUGCAGGGCUAGAGGUAAGAGGAGUAUUUAAAACAGGCUGGCGCUGCCAGAGCCUGUCUCCGGCUGCAGCAGGGAGGCAGGACACUCGCACCAGGUCCUGAGGUUGGACACCAAGACAUCGGCAAAACUAAGAGCUGUCUGUCUAAAGGAAAAAGCCAAGUGGAAUGCAAGCAAAAUGAUUUCACUAGCAUUCAUUCUCCUGCUCACCUUCCUCCCAGCUGAAUCUGCAAGAAGCAAAUACCCCCCCAAGGCAUCAAUCUCAAGCCCUGUGUUUGGACCACGGCAGGUGUAUGGUCUGCUCAAUGGGUCAGCCGCUGUGACGUGCUUCUACCCUCCCAGCCGAGUGAACAGACACGACAGGAAGUAUUGGUGCAAGGAAUCAGCCACGAGCUGCUUAACUGUUGCCUCCACCAGUGGCUACACUGCUCCAGGCUACCGAGGCAGAGCCUCCAUCAUUGACAACCCACAGGAAGAAAACUUCCAGAUCAGCAUCUCUGAGCUUACAAUGGCAGACGCAGGCACCUACCAGUGCGGUGUUGGGGUCAACAAUAGAAGGCUCUCCCACAAAGUCAAUCUGGAUGUUUCUGAAGGUUCCCAUACACCCGAGGGAGCUGAGCUCUUCUACGUGAAGCUAGACAGCACUGUGACCAUGACCUGCAGCUUUGGGAGCGACUAUGAGAGUACAAGGAAAUUCCUGUGCAAGAUGAGUAAAACCGGCUGCGUUAACAUCAUUGAUAGCUAUGGGAACAUUGAUGAGGAUUACACAGGGCGAGCUCUGCUGAGCAAUAUGAAGGAUCCAGGCUCGUUCAGCAUCAUGAUCACUCAGAUGGGUUGGGAAGACUCUGGAUUGUACCUGUGUGGGGCUGGUGUCUAUGGGGAGAGCGGAGAAACAAAGCAACUGGAUGUACACGUCUAUGAGGAGACCAAGGAUCCUCAAGGAAAGCCCACGAUAUUUGGAGUAAAAGGAAGUUCAGCAACAGUUGAAUGCCACUAUAAGACUCUAAGGCAAUCCUCAGUGAAUUACUGGUGCAAGUGGAGACAGAACGGGUGUUACAAGAUCAUAGACAAUGCCGGGUAUGUGUCAAGCUUAUAUGAAGGAAGAGUGGCCAUGUAUGACAGCCCAGAUAACCAGACGAUCACCAUCAUCCUGAACCAGCUGAAAGACACUGACGAAGGCUAUUACUGGUGUAUGACAGACGAGGAGGAGGAGCAGCAGUCAUCAACUGAGCUGAAAAUUGUGGAUGGAGAACCUGGACUGCAGGGAAAGGAGGAAGUAGAGGCACAAGAGGGUUCCCAGCUCAACUUAACUUGCUCUUACCCAUGCCGGUACUACUCCUACCAGAAGUACUGGUGCAAGUGGAGCAGCACCAGCUGCACCCCCAUGCCUGCUUCUGACCAAAGGCAGCAGGGGCCGGACGUUACGUGUGACACCGAUGACAAGACAGUUAUCCUAAGCUUCGACUCGGUGGCAAAGACAGACCAAGGGUGGUACUGGUGUGGCGUGCAGCGCAAUGGUGUCUAUGGGGAAACCAUGGCGGUGUACCUGUCUGUGACUGCAGGAGGAAGCGACAGCCGCAGCCUGGAGUCCCUGGACGCUGAUGUCCCCAGCCCUGCUGAGAGUGGGUUUAUUCCCCAAGAAAGAGCCAAUGAUGCGGCCUCUGAAAGCCCUAAACAAAGUGGCCCCAAUACUCUUCUGUUAGUCCUGGCCCCUUUUGGUGCUGUGCUCCUCAUCGUCGCGACAGCUUUUGCUGUGUUUAAACACAGGCAGCUGAAGAGAUCUGACCUGGUGUCCGUUGGGAGCUACAGGACAAACAUCAGCAUGUCGGACUUCGAGAGCGUGAAGGACUAUGGUGCGAGCAAUAACGCUUGUGUGAAAGAGACCCAGGAGACUCAGAUAGGAGGGGACGAGCUCAUUACCACUGCGGCCACACUGGAAAGCGCUGCCGAGACAAAGAAGGCAAAAAGGAGCUCCAAGGAGGAUGCUGACCUCACCUACUCCGCGUUCCUCCUCACCUCCAGCAGCAUUGUGCAGGGCAGCUCUGGGGGGGAUGCUGCUGCCCCAGAUGUGCCCCCCCAGAUCUGAAGGUGAGGGACCGAAAGGCGGCAGCGUCUGGGACCAGCUCCACCUUGAGGACCAGAGCAAGACAUCAGCAAGCAGCCCUGGUCCUUACUCCCACAAUUUUCUAUAGCUAGACCUUUUUUACUGCUUAAAUUCAGCUUUUGCUCUUUUAUUUUCCCCUCUCAUUUUCUUCUAAAGGCAGCUGGAAAACCCUCUAGAACCACGUUUCACACUUGAUUCCUCUAAGCUUUCUCACCAAGAGGGCAGUACCUGCAGACCAGACACAGUCUGAAGUGCUUUUGUACACAAGCAAUAAAGAAUACCACUAGCUUUCAGCAGA